AUCAAUUUGCGCGGUCUUUUUCGUUCGAAUUAUAUUAUACUUUUAACAAGUAAACGACGACUGAAUCUUCGCCUUCUCGAUACAGAGUAAUACUCUAAUACUCUCUCAGUCUCUCUCUUUCUCUCUGUGAGUUGGGGGAUUGAAACCCUAGAAUUAGUAGAAUCGAUCGAGAACCGUGAUAAGCAAAAAGAUGAAGACCAAGAUGCCAUUGAAGCAGCUCAAGCUCUCUGUGCCCGCCCAAGAAACCCCAAUCACAUCCUUCCUGACUGCAAGUGGCACAUUUCAUGAUGGCGAUCUGCUCUUAAACCAGAAAGGGUUGCGGCUCAUCUCCGAAGAAAAGGAAUCUCGUCCUUCUGAUGUUAAGGAGCUAGAUUUUGAAUUCUCAUUGGAAGAUCUCGAGACUAUCAAAGUCAUUGGAAAGGGAAGCGGUGGUGUAGUACAACUUGUUCGCCAUAAAUGGGUUGGAAAAUUAUUUGCCUUGAAGGUUAUCCAAAUGAACAUACAAGAAGAGAUCCGUAAGCAGAUUGUGCAGGAGCUGAAAAUAAACCAAGCAGCUCAAUGUUCAAAUGUUGUAGUUUGCUACCAUUCCUUCUAUCACAAUGGAGCCAUUUCUCUUGUGCUAGAAUACAUGGAUCGUGGCUCUCUGGCGGAUGUGAUCAGACAAGUUAAAACAAUUCUUGAACCAUAUCUUGCAGUUGUCUGUAAGCAGGUUCUACAGGGUCUUGUGUAUUUGCACUAUGAAAGACAUGUAAUACAUAGGGACAUUAAACCAUCCAAUUUGCUGGUAAACCACAAAGGGGAGGUGAAGAUUACUGAUUUUGGUGUGAGUGCAGUGCUAGCUAGCUCUAUGGGUCAAAGAGAUACGUUUGUGGGAACUUAUAACUACAUGUCGCCAGAGAGAAUCAGUGGGAGUACUUAUGAUUAUAGCAGUGAUAUUUGGAGUCUGGGCAUGGUAGUACUUGAGUGUGCAAUAGGACGGUUUCCUUAUAUGCAAUCUGAAGAUCAGCAAAGCUGGCCAAGCUUUUAUGAGCUUUUGGAGGCAAUUGUGGAAAGCCCUCCACCUUCUGCUCCAGCAGAUCAGUUCUCCCCUGAAUUCUGUUCAUUUGUCUCAGCCUGCAUCCAAAAAAAUCCUCGCGACAGAUCAUCGUCUUUGGAUCUUUUGAGUCACCCAUUUAUCAAGAAGUUUGAAGACAAAGACAUUGAUCUCGGGAUUCUUGUCGGUAGCCUGGAUCCUGUAAAUUUCCCUCGAUAGAUUGGCCCUGUAAUAGUAAAUUUUGAGUGUAAAAUGCUAUUUUAGUCAUUAUGUAUCAGUCAUGAGUCUUUGUCAAACAUUUUAUGGAUUUUCAUGUAUCAAUUGAGCUUAUGAUCUAUACCAUUCAUUUUUACA